GGGUCCACAGAGGUAGGGGCCCGCGCGGCCUGCGGCCCAGUCUGAAGUCUUGGGCGCUGCGGCUGCCGCUCACGUCAUCGUCACCACUCCUGGACAGUGGAGGGGAAGAUGGAGCCGGUCACCGUCGCUACCGACAGCGGGGGCCGGCCCCUGUCGGCUUCCCAGCGUCGGGCGGAGCUGCGGCGGAGAAAGCUGCUCAUGAACUCGGAACAGCGCAUCAACCGAAUCAUGGGCUUUCACAGGCCCGGGAGCGGCGCGGAAGAAGAAAGUCAAACAAAAUCAAAACAGCAGGACAGUGAUAAACUGAACUCCCUCACCAUUCCUUCGGUUUCAAAGCGAGUAGUGCUGGGUGAUUCAGUCAGUGCAGGAACGACUGACCAGAGUGGAGUGGCCGAGGUAAAGGGGACUCAGCUGGGAGACCCACUGGACUCUUUCAUUAAACCUUCUGAGUGCAGGAAUGAUAUAAGCCUGGAGCUCCGGCAGCGGAACAGAGGGGACCUGACAGCCGACUCUGUCCAGAGGGGUUCUCGCCACGGCCUGGAACAGUACCUCUCCAGAUUUGAAGAAGCAAUGAAGCUAAGGAAACAGCUGAUUAGUGAAAAGCCCAGUCAAGAAGAUGGAAAUACGACAGAGGAAUUUGACUCUUUUCGAAUAUUUAGAUUGGUGGGCUGUGCUCUUCUUGCCUUUGGAGUUAGAGCCUUUGUUUGCAAAUAUUUGUCCAUAUUCGCUCCCUUUCUUACGUUACAACUCGCAUACAUGGGACUGUACAAAUAUUUUCCCAAGAGUGAAAAGAAGAUAAAGACAACAGUACUAACAGCUGCACUUCUGUUAUCUGGAAUUCCUGCUGAAGUGAUAAAUCGAUCAAUGGAUACUUACAGCAAAAUGGGCGAAGUUUUCACAGAUCUCUGUGUUUACUUUUUUACUUUUAUCUUUUGUCAUGAACUACUUGAUUAUUGGGGCUCUGAGGUACCAUGACGCCUGCAGAACUCAGGAAGAAAAGCUUAUAAAAAAUAAUUUCUAUAUUGCAGUGUCUUUAAAGGAAGAAUAUUGGUUUACACCUUCAUGUGAUUCUUUUACUUUUUCAGUUUGUAAAACCACUUGAUUAGGAAUGGAAUGACUGGUUACCUGACUAGAAAGGAUUGAGUUUGUAUUAAUACUGAUGCGAUGAUUAGAAUGCCAGUGUCAGGAAUUGAUUUUUCUUGUUUGAUUAGAAUUCCUAGUCUACACUUUUUCCUAACUUCUUGGUUUUGUGAUUUAUCUUUUGGGAGCUGAGCUUGUGCUUAAGAGGGCAGAUGAAUGUGGUCUCAGCCAGUCCCAAGAACUGCAUCUUGUAUUUGUAUUGUUCUGUCCUAAGAAAUGGAGCCAUCUUAAAAAUAAAAUGGAAGAACUCAAAUUGUCUGUUAAGUUUGCACAUUUUAACUUACAAGGGCUGCAUAAGGUAAUCACGUUGAGUCAGUAUUUUCAUUUUUAUUCCAGCACAAAUAUUUAAUGGAGGUAAUGAUUAAGAUUCAUACAUGUGGAAUUAAUAGGUAUUUAUGAAAUCUUUCUGAAAAUUUUUAUUAGCAAACUUAAAAAUUGGAAAUUUUUACUUUUGAGUUUUCGAUUUUCAGAAGUAUUUUUUUAACCAGUAGAAUAGAAUGAUUAUAUAUCAAAAUGGGCUUUGAAAAAUUGACUGAGGAAUGCAACCCAAUAGGAAUACCUCCUUUUUUAACUAACUUAACACUGUCAUAUUUGGAAGGUUUGUCUUAAAAGAGUAUAAAGCAUAAGUGUAGUGUCAUUUGGUAUUACAUUUCCCUAGUUUUUUGUAUGGUCUGUUUGAUUAAUUCUUUGAUAUUAAAAACACAUGCCUUUUUUUUUUAUUAA